AUGGGCCGUCUUCACUCCAAGGGAAAGGGUAUCUCCGCCUCGGCGAUCCCCUACUCGCGCAACCCCCCCUCGUGGCUCAAGACCACCCCCGAGCAGGUCGUUGACCAGAUCUGCAAGCUGGCCAAGAAGGGUGCUACCCCUUCCCAGAUCGGUGUCAUCCUCCGUGACUCCCACGGCGUUGCCCAGGUCCGCGUUGUCACCGGCAACCGUAUCCUCCGCAUCCUCAAGUCCAGCGGCCUUGCCCCCGAUAUCCCUGAGGACCUGUACAUGCUCAUCAAGAAGGCCGUUGCCGUCCGUAAGCACCUCGAGCGCAACCGCAAGGACAAGGACUCCAAGUUCCGCCUCAUUCUCAUCGAGUCCCGUAUCCACCGCCUCGCCCGCUACUACAAGACCGUCGGUGUCCUCCCCCCCACCUGGAGAUACGAGUCCGCCACCGCCUCCACCAUUGUCUCCUAA